UCAAAAACAAUGUAAACAUACCUAACUCUAUGCCUCGAACAACCAGACCACGACUUCAAGAACAAAUAUUUGCGGCUUAAAUGAUUUAAUUUGUAUUGCUAAUGAUUCAAACUGUAUUUCGUUGACAUUUAGUAUAUUAGUUUCCUAUUUAAAAUGCUAUUAUCGUCAUGACACGCUGUUUUGUUGUAAUAGGAGUAUUCAAUAGAAUUAAUGGAGGGGAUGUAGACAGACCAGAGAACUUGCUUUAAUAGGCACAACUUCAUUUAUCUUCAGCGAGGGACUUCACUGAGGGGCCAGAGAGUGAAAUAUUUCUUUAGAGAACCUCUUCCACAGAAAUGAUCAGACGCACGUUUCAAUGGGCUUCACGUGCCCUUUCUCCCGGUCUGCGCCGCUUCUCUGACACUUCCGGCGGAGAAGUAAUUGAAUUUGAACGGACAGGCUCUGCAGAUCUCACCAAGCAGGCGUCUCUCUACGUGCACUGGCCUUACUGUCUGAGGAGGUGUUCCUACUGCAACUUUAACAAGUACAUACCCAGAGAGAAUAAGGACAAUAUCAUGACUGAGUGCCUGCAGAGAGAGACAGAGACGCUGCUGCAGCUUAGUCAGAUAUCCUGCAUUACAUCAGUAUUUUUUGGUGGAGGGACUCCGAGUCUUGCUCAGCCUUCAACCAUUGCUGCAGUCCUAGAGACUGUUUCCAGGCAGGUGAAAUUCUCAGAUAAGGCAGAGGUCAGUCUUGAGGUCAACCCGACUCCUGUGGGCAUGUCCAGACUAGAGGAUUUUUGCAAUGCAGGGGUAAACCGUUUCUCCAUUGGAGUCCAGUCGUUGCAGGAUGAAGACUUGAAGAUUCUUGGAAGAGACCACAGCUCAUAUCAGGCUUUGCAAACUAUAGAAGAGGCCAGAAGGCUGUGUCCAGGGGGUGUGUCUGUUGAUGUCAUAUUUGGACGGCCCAAACAGACCACUGAAUCCUGGGAGAGUGAGCUGACUGAGCUGUUGAAGGUGUGCGAUGACCAUGUGUCAUUGUACCAACUGACCUUGGAGAGAGGCACUCACUUGUUCAAACAGGUACAACGAGGAGAAGUGACUGUACCUGCUGAUGAUGUGACAGCAGAAAUGUACCAGUGUGCCAGGAGGACACUGCAGCAGCAUGGCUUCCUGCAGUAUGAGGUGUCCAACUUCGCAAGACAUAACGCCGUGAGUCAUCACAAUAUGAGCUACUGGAAGGGAAAACAGUACAUCGGUGUGGGCCCAGGAGCUCAUGGGCGAUUUGUUGUACCCGGAGAGGGAGGUGUCGCCCGGGAGGCCAGGACCCAGACUCUGGAACCUGACGUGUGGAUGUCUGAGGUCCAGCAGAGGGGACAUGGGACACGUAGGCGGAUUCGACUUGGCCAUCUUGAACUGUUGGAGGAGGUGUUGGUGAUGGGGAUGAGAUUGACAGAGGGUAUCCAGCACAAGCACUGGGAGUUGUUUAGCCCUGAAGUGGAACUAAGGAAAAUCUUUGGAACGUCUGUUGAAGUCCGGGAGUUUCUACAGAGUGGAAAACUCAUUCUUGAUGACAGAGGUCUGCGUUGCUCCUGGGAUGGACUGGCUUUACUGGACAGCAUGCUGCCUGCUCUCCUGGUGGAGCUAGAUAGAGGUAUCAGGCCGAGUCUGCAAAGAGAACACUACAAUGACGGACAAACAAAGAUUUCCAUCUCAAGAUGACUAUAAUGUUAGUCAGGGGUGGGUGGGUCACUAAUGAUAGAAUAAGAUUCACCCACAAUAUCAUGAAACAUUGGUUCUGUGAUAACUGAUAAAUGGUAAAAUAUUUAUACAACAGUACAUCACGAUAUUUGAUCAACAGAGGAAUCCAAAACCCCUCUUAAAAUGUGAAAUGCCUAUUAAUAUAAUUAUUUACUGCUGUUUAGAGCUAGUUUUAUCCACCAUUCUUCCUUUGUAAACUUCUUUUCACCACUGUCCUCCUCUUCUUUUAUCCCUGUCAACUUCUUCUCUAAAAAAUGGAUUUCCAAUAAUGUUUCAGUCAUUCAUGUCAUAGCUGCACCUUGAGGAGUCAUUAAGAAGUGACAUGGUAAAUUAAGCUGGAAGGACAUGCUGUUCAGAGUGCCUUAUUUAUUUAUUUUAUUGCAUAUCUUAAUCUCUUGUACCAGAUAUCUUAAAGAAAGCUCAUGUGUGAGUCAGGCUGAAAGGAAAUGUUAAUUGUUGUAAAAGCAGUUAGAUAUUAUAUUUCCAUAUGCAUAUAUUCUGCCUUACUUAGGCUGAAUUCUUCUGCUCUGCUGCCUUUUUUUGUUGUUGAUCCACAAACCAGAAAUGUCUUCUUUUUUUAAAUUGGGAUUAAACACUGGUAUUUAUAUUA